ACAUUUCAUCUAAGGGGUAUUAGAUUCACCAUGGCUACAGACGCUACCACCACGGAGUUGCCCCAAAACUGCCUGUUUCUGUUCUCCAAAAAACCGAUCGACUCACCGCUGCCUCUCCAGCUCCGUUCCACCAUCUCCAAUAUCCUACCGGUAACAAGCCCUAAACAGGAACCUCAACACAACUCAGUGAUAGAGCAAGUCUCUACAAACGUGCCACCAUCACCUAUCAGCCUGGGCACAAAGUCUCACCUUAACAACAUCAACUACGAUGACCAGAUCAGAGCCCCCCGUUUUAACUUGUUCAACCAGGUGAACGUGUCCACAGAUGGGAUCAACCGCCUGUUUUCCUUGAGUCUAUCCACAAAACCCCUGACAACAAGCGUCCAAUCCCAGGGUGAAGAGCCCACCGCCUCCGACCUGGUGUCGAACUCGGUGUACGUACCAGCAAAUUUUGACCUUCAUAACUACACUUACGCCACCUCCGUCGUGGAUGAUGCUGCUUCCAAUUCCUCAAAGGCUAACCUCACCGAUGCCCUCAAUAACCUCAACGACAACUUGACGAGUUUCGAACGCGAGGACCACGACGAGACUGAGGACCCCAACCCGCCACCUCCCAACCCGAACGCUUCGUUUGUGAAGCCCGUUUACAAAUACAAAAAGCCUCUCAGCAUCCCAGCGGUGUUACGGCCACCAAACGAGGUGGAGCUGGGCUCCUCCUCCACCUCGUCGUCGCUGACGCCUGUCAACUUCAAGGUAGACUUGAGCAACUCAGACACCCUCACACAGCUGCAGCUUUUUAACCCUCAGUUGUUUGAAGGAGAGGUAAAUGAGCCCAUAGAGCCAAGCCAUGCUCAUUGGAAACCCAAUAACUUCACCAACUGCUGUAUGAAAUGCUUCCAGACAUUCGGGAGCUUUUUCAAUAUGAAGCGUCGUCACCACUGCCGGUUCUGUGGGUUUUUGGUGUGCUCCAAGUGCUUAUUUGAAAGCAGUCUUGAUGACGAAAAGUAUUCGGCCACCACCAGAGGUGCUGCCUCCAGUACAACCACGGGUCUUAUGUCGAUCUACUUGGAUGCCGAAGCCCGGUUUGUGGUGCCCAUCUAUAAGAACAUGAAUGCUGCAAAUGUUGAUGUUCUGGCAUUAACCAGAGUGUUUAAAAUGAGCAAGGUGUGUAAGUCGUGUGGCGACUACUACUUGAACGUGUUGUUCCACUUGAACAACUGGAAUUCCAAUGCUGCUAGCCCCUUUAGUACGGUGUUACCGUUUGUGAUUGUCAAUAAUCCCUUUAUGCAAAAGAACUUCAGCAAAAACGCCAUUAAUGAAAAACGAAAUUCGGUCUCUAAAAGUACCGAUUGGAACUGGAGUUCUUUUUGAGCUCUAGUUCCUCCCUGUGAGACACUUUACUUCUUGAUGUAUUAAUUUUCAGAUAUAAUUUAUUCUAAUAGCUAAUUUUCACCAUUCCCUACGCCCAAUGACAAUAGAUUCUGGAUCACAGAUUCAACGGCUGAUUUUUCACUUGAAUUCCGUACUAGGAAUUACCCUCCGGCAGGCGUGUUAAUUGCCUGUUUGAGAACCUCCACCACUAGCCAACACGGGGUACAUCCCGCAUUUUCCCUUGUAAUCCCUUAUUGUUCAAUCUUAUCAAGUGACGUUGCUCCCGCUAAUUUCCCUUUUGGGACGUCGCGCAGAGGUUGCAACUUUUUAUCUUAUCGGUAGGCUGCAACAAUAGAAUAUAAAAGAACCCGGAUCUUGUUUGUUUUCCCAUCAGAAAACUAUGCUUACUGACUCAGAUAUAGUUCCGGGAACCGUGCACUUAGUUGACAUUGAAGGUACCCUCCACGUAAAGAAAGAUGAACAUGGAAACGACAAGGUCAUCUUGAGGCCACCACCUUCCAAGAAUAUUAAUGACCCAUUGAGAUGGAGUAGAAUGAAGAAGUUCAAACAGUUCUUCAUGUUAUUCUGGUUGGCAGUAUUUUUGGCUUUGGCGGUGGCAUGGUCAUCGCCAAUUUGGUUGAUUUGGACAGUAGACUUGAAUUGUACCAUCCAAGAUUUGAACAACGCCAUGGCGUUAACCUUCCUCUUUUUAGGACUUGGAUGCUUGUUUUUACAACCCACCGCCAUGAAGUUGGGAAGAAGAUUCGUAUAUCUUAUGUGUUGUGUGUUGAUG